UAUCAAAACAGUCACGUUAAUUAUGCAAAACUGGUCGCCUGUGAGGUGCACACAAAUUAUGCUAUUUUUAUCUCUUAUCUUUCCCAUGCGAAAAGAAAGACCUGCGUGAUUGAUGUGACUGUUUUUAUACAUACUAGACGACGUCUAAGAAGACUUUCUAACGACAGCUUAUUUGUGGUUGCGCAUCAAGUGCAGUGUAAACAAAGAAAUGCUAUCAGAAUGGCGUCUUCUCCCAACUCAUGGAGGCAAUAAAACCGCCGCCUCUGCUCCUCACCUAUUAUAGUUGCUCAUAGAUGGCGUAGGUGUAGACACACUCAAAGCUUAGUACGCCUCUGGAAUCUGUGUACUAAUAUUUUCAUUUCUCAAGUUUUCCCACUUUCCGUAGAAGAAUUUGUUCGUCUGGAUGGUAUACUCGGAGUGUCAUGGGUAUUCACUCCUAACAAACACUUUUAGCACCCACUUUUCCACCUUAACAUGUGAUUAUUAACACCUUUCAAAUUUUAAAAGAUGAACCAUUUAGUUUACAUUCGCACCAUAGCAUGGAUUUAGUGCAGGCACAAGAACGAGAUUGUAAUAGAUUUGGCCCAUUUUGUAAAGAAACGGAAGGAGAUAGCACUUUCAUGGAUGAUGGCGAUAUAAAACAAGAUUUAAAACUUAUCACGUGCGGAAAUGUAGAGGAGGCUGAUAAUGACAAUAGCCUGAACCAUGAUUUAGGCAGCUUAGAAGAUCACAGUGACAACGGGGAAUCUACCGAGCAGUGUGCAAAUGCAAACAGUCCCAAUAAACACUGUAAAAAAAGAGUCAGUUUUAAUGGCUCUCUCACUGAGGAAAUUGAUAUAGAUUUUCGCCAGUUGGGUUUUAACUGUUGGACUGGAGUGCCUAAAUUAACCAAGGAUGAAGUUUUGGCUGAAUAUCGUGCAAUAUGUAGUCAACGUCAUGUAGAUGUUGAAAACGAAAUAUUAACUCAACUGUCAGUUAUUCAAAAUAACUGGGAUUUCUCGGUAACGCUAAAUUUAUUGGACACAAGAAUCACGCAGGAGAAAUUGGAGAUAUACGAAAAGUUAUUUCAGCUAGUUAAUUUUAAUAAGUUAUUCAUCAAUGUUGACCUGUUAGAAAGUGAGGCUAUAAUAGAAAUAUUUCACAUGAUAGAAUACUAUAAUUCCGUAAGGGAGCUUAUUUUAUACGGUGAUUGCGUGCAUGAUCUUGAUUUAUGGGCUAGUGUUGCGGUAGCGGCUUCAAACAGUGAUAAUGACCUUACAAACAUUUCAAUUAACGAAUUGAAGAUAAGCGAUGGCGGAUUAAUGUUAAUGUUUGACAACAUAAACGAGAAUCCGAACAUUGAAGUUCUUCGAUUUAAUGGAUGCCAACUCAAUUUUACUCCAACUUUUUCAAUAGCAACGCCGUUGAAGAAUAACCAUUACUUACAAGAGUUACACUUGUGCAAUGUUCAAUUGUAUUACAAAGAAACAACCAUAUUGGCACAAUUUAUUAGAGAUAAUCGCAGUUUGAAGGUGCUCAAUCUCAGUAAUAACAAAAUUGGUGAUCGUGGAUUUAAAGUGUUGGUAAACGCUUUGGUUGAACAGGCACUUAGUGAUAGUGGAAUUGCGGCUUUCUUGGUUGUUAAUAAUCGAUUAACAAAAUCAAUUUCAGCACCAGUACAAAUGUUAAUGGAGCAAUGCCCACUAUUACAAGCGCUGAAUGUUGGUUGUAAUAACCUCACGGACGAUUUCCUCAUCGAAAUAAAAGAUGCUUUAGAAAAGUGUGAAUCAUUACAGGCUUUAGGUUUACAAUCUGCUCUGCUAACACACGACGGCGUCAUUCAAUUAAUGGAAGUGUGCAAGAAAAAUCGAGUGCUACAGCAUCUUAACUUACGAGGAAAUAGAGCACUGCAACAUGAUGCACUGCAUACUUUAACCUUGUAUUUACCACAUACGAACUUACUUCGUGUAGAUCUAGACGAUGCAAAUAGAUUUUGCACGGAUACCAACCAAUAUAUUGAAAUAUUAAAUAACAUCAGGAAAUUGCUACUCGUAAAAGUAAUGAACGAGCCUCCCAGUGUAAGUAGAUACAGUGCGUUUGGGCCCGAGUUAUCCCUCUCUUGUGAUAUGGAAUCUAUUCCUCGUUCAACGUGGAAAAUUCCAAGAAAUAAGGGUAGAUUUGAAAUUGUUUCCGUACCUGAUACCAGUUUUGCGACUGCAAUACCGUCGAUAAAUCCGAAUACUUCUUGCAGCGGGGAUGUUAUUGUUAGUAGAUCGCCGCCAUUUACAUCGUCACAGAAAGGCAAUUGGUCCUCUGCAAAAGCAUGUGAAAAUGUCGAAUGCGUCGAUCAACCUCAAACAAAGGGAGAAGGAGAAACCUUGGAGAAUAAUAAUAACGGACCUACUGUGGAAAAGAGCUGUACAGAUUCGCAGGUUGCUGUGGAAAAAGAGUCUACACAUUCAUCCGAGUUGAUUCCUGUGGAUGACAUUGUUAAGGAAGAUAAAAAAUCCGACGAAUUUGAGACGCCCUUUCGUAUGACAUGUGAUAAUCCUGUCAUUUUUAUUGGUCACAAUGCGAAAGAUCUGGUAACUAUAUCGAACAAAGAGCCCACUUUAGAGUUGAGUAUUGACAGUACGGCGUUUGAAUCGAUUAUCUCUAAAGAACUAUUCAGUAGUAGCAAAUGUUCUGUAGAAGUGAGUAAUGAGUACUCUCAAGUGGAUACAUUUCCAGAAAACUCGUCUACAGAAAAUUAUACGGAUGUGUCACGGAUUUCGGAUGACUUUUAUUCUGGCUUCAAUAUAAGCAAUAAAUAAAUGUAAACGAUUUAUUUCCUCAAAACUUGGUGGUAUUCUAUUAAUCAUAAUUAAGUAUCGUCUUAUUUAAAAUUGCAAAUAUUGUGAUAAUAAGUAGUUAAUAUCUACCAAAGAGAGUAUAAUUGAAAUUAUAUUCGCAUUAAAUUGCCGCUGUUUAAAAUUAGUACGAGGGUUACACUUUACUUACAUGAUGAACAUAUUUUUUUGGAAUUUUGUUGACCUAGUAUUAAAUACAUACUGUGAAUAUUAGAUAUAACUGAAUUCAACUAGUUGAAUUUGAAUAAGGUGACUAAUUAUUGACUAAUGUCAUGCGCCGAACUAUUAUUAUUAUUAUUGUUAUUGUGCUUUGACCAACAUUUUAUUUGAAAGAUUCCGUGGACCCUUGUACUAAAAUGCAUAAUGAACUUACUUUCAAUAAUUAGCUUGGCUUACAUUUUAAGAUUCUGUUUUCGCAUGCACCUCCUUAGUAUGUUAUUUUUAAAGUUAUUUACGUUAUAGUUUCACCUACUUAAGCCGUCAUAUGUACUGACAAUAUCGCCUACAUGUACUAAGUGAUUUUGGCAAUAAUUCCGUUGUGUAUUUUGAAUACUAGCGGGUAUUAUCAUCUUUUUAAAAGUCCAUGAAUAGUUGAGGACACUCAAAUUUCGUUUACCAUUGCAGCUAAUGGUGGCUUUACUUCACAAGCACUAAUGUUACGUUUGUCUAAAUCGUCCACGCCUUUCCGUGCACUGCGCAUGCGAAAAAGUUUAAGUAGCAUGCCAGUUGUAUGUUAAACAUGCAAUAAAAUGUCAACACAAUCCAAUAUGAACAGAGAGAACAUUUACACUCGCAGACUUUGAGGUAAUGUUUCCGUAUGAAAUUCUAGAUUGUCAGAAAGCGACAGUCUACAAAUUUACUUUUCAAUAAGAUCGUCCGAUUUUAGAUUGCAACUGACACAAAUACAAACAUGCUUUGCAAGGGCUCUGAGCGAAUUUACAAGUUGAUAUACCAUUUAGCCAUUUAAAACUUUGACAUUUCUUUACCGUAACGUGCCAUUUAACCAUAACACAUUUUGAUUAGUGAUUACUAAACAGAACUUCAGUUGAAAUUCAUCCAGCAACUUUGACUGACGUUUCUUUUGGAUGCGCAUUGUAUGCAACGGCAUGCACAAUUUAGACAAACUUCUGAUAUUCAAGAUCUGAGCCAGGUAUAUUUGAGUGUGACUCAUUGAUCUUUACACAUAUUACAAGGAUGACGAUUUGGAGCGUAAGUUUACUGUGCAAUUAAUAUCUAAAACACGUGUCAAUUCACCUAUAACAUAAAUCCAUGCGUCUUUACGAAUGAAUCAUACACAACCAUAUGUGGCUCACAAUAUAUUAAUGUGUUCCGACUUUGCAUUGUCUUAAAGCCACCAUUAUGCUUCGGUAUGCAGGGCAGUGAGGUUGAGGUAGGAGACUCGAGACCUUAGCGUCUGUCCAAUUACAUACUAUGUAGUUUUUGAAAAUUGAAUCAGGUUCACAAGUGCACUAAACAUUGCAAUUUGUACAAACCGAUCGACCUGAUUUAAGUUUUCCAAAUGUUUGUUACAAAUAAUCCCAUGCCCUUAUCAGUAUCAUUCAAUUGUUACCACAUUUACUUCACUCCUUGUUAUCUGUAAUUAUCAUUUUGUACAGUUGUAUAUAUUUAUAUAGAACAUACAUAUUUGGUUGCACAUAUUUUUUUAUGAAUUAAUAUUAAUUAAAUCAAAUGACAGUCAGAUAAAAGUAUUGUUUCUAAUAUA